CAGCAUACAUUAACCUCAUUCAAGGUUUAUAGUAGUCAUAUGCCGUGUAGUAGAGCAUAGGUAAAUCUAUCACAUGAUUGCUGCGCUCGCGCUGUGCUCCCCGUCUCUUCCUGAGCAGAAGGCAAGGCAGCAGCAGCGCGAGCCGCAGCAACAGCAGCCGGGGCUUCAUGUAAACACGCCGCGCGCAGGGCUUUGUUUCUCGCGCGCUCCUCUGGUGGCACCCCCCUCUAGUCAUGCCAUGGAUAUUUUGUGGCAAUACCAGUUCAGAAUCAUUUUACUCGGGGAUUCGACGGUGGGGAAGUCGUCGUUGCUGAAACGCUUCACGGACGGGAUUUACAGCGAUGUGGCGGAUCCCACGGUCGGGGUUGAUUUCUAUGCCCGCUCGCUUGACAUCGAACCCGGGGUGAAAAUCAAGCUUCAGCUCUGGGACACGGCUGGACAGGAGCGAUUCAGGUCCAUCACGACAUCAUACUACCGUAACUCUGUGGGCGGGCUACUAGUCUUUGAUCUCACCAAUCGCAAGACCUUCGACCAUGUGCGGGAGUGGCACAAAGAGGUGAGUGAGCACAUCUUGCCUCACCACAUGGUCUACAUCCUCAUUGGCCACAAGAGUGAUCUCAACAAGGACCGCAAGGUGAGCCGGGACGAAGCGGAGCAGCUGGCGGCCGAUCUGGGCAUCCGCUACGUGGAGACAUCGGCCAAGUGCAACAGCAACGUGGACCGGGCCUUUGAGCUGCUGACCAAGGACAUCUACGAGCUGAUGAAGAUGGGGGAGAUUGUCACCCGCGACGGCUGGGACGGGGUGAAGAGCGGCCUCACCGCCAAGGUCCUCUACCCGGCCGACGACGAAGAGGAACUAGCUACCGCCGUCGCUGAAAAGGGCUGCCACUGCUGACUGUGAACUCUCUGUGUCCAAACACUGUCCCGUCACACCAAGAGCUCACCUCGUCUCACGGGCCGUGUUUCCAUAAACAUAUUUUUAUGUGCAUUUUGAAGUAUCGUGUCAGAAAAGCUUCACAGGAAUGUCAAAAUUCAACAAAACUUACUCAGUUGUGUAAAAAAGUAUUGAUGAUUGCUUGAGGUGGUUUUGGCGUUGUGGAAAAAGAGUUGAUGUGCAAAUUGGGAUGUGGAAAUGCCUUUGCCGAUUAAGUUCAGACAAAGCGAACAUUUAACUCCCCUGACUAACCGGUUUCCAAGCUGAGCAUCCUCUCAUGCAUUACAGCCAUUGCAUUAAUUUGUCUUUGCUCUGGACAGUGGAAACAUGGCCGAUACUAGCUGACAUCAAAGAACACUUUAAAGUUGCCCAACUGAAACAAAGUCCAGAUGAUUUCUCUCCGGCUUUCUCUCGAGAUUGCUGAGAUGGCCUAAGUGACUUGUUUUGUUUACAGUUCACAGCCUCUACUUCUACUGUUGACUUGCUGAUUACAGCCAUGUUUGAAGCAUAGCCGAUACUUCCAACUUUUGACAAAACUACCCUUUGCAGAGCCUAGCGUUUUUCAUUCCAAACCAGUCGGUGAACGUGCUUAAUUCACGCUUUUUUUGCAACAUUUCAAAAAUUCGCUUGACCAUUCAAUGGAAACACGGCUACAGGUGUCCAUCGAAACCAAUUCACUCCGGGUCAGCACCCUGUGGUAUCACCAUCCAUCACUUCACUUCCUCACCUUGUGCUUUGGUCCCCCCUCUGUGUGUGGGUCCAGUUGACAACUGGGAAUCACUUCUCGCAGGGGGGCAUUGUACAUCCCAAUGUGUAUCUUAUAAGCAAGUUGUAUCUUUAAAUCCACAUGGUGUAGCAUGAGCUGAGCUGUUUUGAACAUUGAUAGGUUCGUAAAAAACACAGGAAGCGUUCAGAAGUGAUGGGGCUGAGAGUCUCGUCAGUACUGCUUUUCACAGCCCAGGAGUUAAUUGACUACUGAAGGUACAUUUCAGAAAGCACUAUUGUGGAUUACUACCUGUCAAAGUCUGUGCGAUGCUUUGCCUGCAACCUUUUGUGACUGUAAUAUUGUAAAUAAUAGUGAAAUAUAUAGAGAUGAAAGCUAAAAGGUCACUGAAAGCUAUUUAAUUGAUAGUGUGAACAGACACAGUGCACUCUACAUUAAGUGUCACCAUGUUAAAUUAGUGUGCUCCUCCUGCUACUGUAAGCUGUACGUGCACUUACGCCAAACUGACUUAAACCUUCGAUCAUUCUGUGAAUAGAUAAGUAAUGUUUUUGUAAAAAAAAAAAAAAAAAGAUUAUUUCUAGUUAAGGUGUAUACAUAAAGAUAGGCAAUUGUAUUUACGGUAGGUGCUCCCAUUUAGGUAUUUGUAUCAUAGCAUCAACAGGAGCAAGACAUCAUGUUACCUCUCAGUCAUCAGACCUUUAAUGACUUCGUCAGCAGUAGGAAAGACGUAUUUGACUAAGAACAAAGGGGAGUUUGAAUUUCACCUGCAGCUGUUUGGAGCUCAUGCAAACAGCUGUUUCUUUUGUUCAAAGCUUUAUCCACGAUAAUAAUAUUCUAUUCAGGCCCGAGUAGCUGAUGAUGGAUGACAAUUUAUUAAACCUAAUGCCAUGGAUAUGUGCACUGCUUUUUUGGGCCUAUACUUUAUGCUACAUUCCAGAGGUGCCCUUUAGCAUGUGUAUGAGACGCACCAGGCUUUCAGCCAACUCCAAAGUAAACACAUAAGCAUCAUUAUCAGACGUGUUAAGUAAGUGUACUUCCCAAAAGGUUGAAAUGUGUCAUUUGAGCUAUCAAAAUGCCUGUUCUUGACAGAAGGGAUUGCUGACAUCUAUUGACUUUAAAGGCCAAGAUUUACAUUAACCCUAAAGCUGAACUUAAAGUUGCUGACAUUCUUUGUUAACUGAGCCAUUUUCACAUACCAUACAUACGCUUUUACAUGGGUAAGAGUAUUUGGGAUUUACCGGCUUGUAAUAAUACCGGACGUAAUGGAGCCUGUGUUGGUAAGCUCAAUGUUGUGAGCAGCGAGCUGCAUUUACGAUGAAAGCAUGUCCACACACACGACUUCUACACAUAGCAGUUACUACCUUUGACACAGAGGAUCACGUAUGCUUCAAGUCUCCAGAGCCUUUUGACUGCAGAUGCUAUUAAUCUGUUGUUUACAGGCCAGGAGCGGCAUACAAUAAACUAGAGUACACUUUGUCUGGGAGCUCACCUCCCCUUCCACCGCUUAUUCACCUUUCACCAACAUCUCACCAAAAAAAAAAAAAAUCCUGUUCACACUCACACUGUAAACAGCAAGAGAUUAUGCAUUCUGCGGACUUCACGUUCAUGACAUUUUUCUUCUUUGAGUUGAUAAAAUCUGUAAAGAUGAUUCUAAUAUAUUUGCACCAACCCUUUAUUUUCCUGUACAGAUCCAAGCUGUAUGCCUCCUGGUAAACCACCACCUGUUAUAGCCAGGUUUAAAUGGCAGUAUGUACACGAUAUGUUUUUGUUUGUUUGACAAUCAGAUGUUAACAUUUUGUGUUCUUGGCACCAAUGAGGAAUACUUUUUUUUUUUUUUUUAAAUCCGGCUAAACGUCCUUGCACCAUCCGAAACCACCAUCAACCAGUCUGUUUUACACUGCAACUACCUUCCUCAUUUUUGUCUCUCACACUAAACAGGGUUAAAUGUAUAUUAAUUGAAUUUGUAUGUUAAUACUGUGCUGUUAGCAAAACUGUUCUCCAGUGAGCAUAAUUCCCAUUUCUGAGCACUGCACAUCAGAAGGGCCCAUCGCACUGCACGAUGUGAAGAUGGCGGCCUCAGAGCAUCGGUAAGGACAACACUGGAAAGACAUCAGGAAAAAAUGGCUUUUUGAAAGACUGACUCAAUGAGAAGAAAUAAGCUUAUUCUCAUCAACCAUUACUAGAAGCCUCUGUAUUCAGCAAUGAUAUAUAUAGUAAAACAUUGUAACAAAAUUUACAACAGCAUUUGUAAUCUUAUAAACAGUGACCAUCCCAUGUAAUGACCAUGAUAGUGAUGGUGGCCAUAAUCAACCUUCAGUCCAGAUCCAGCCUCUUUCUUAAUGUAAUGUUAAAGAAGUAGUUCAACUUUUUUUUUCAGGGCCAGUCCUAGACUUGUGGGGGCCCUAGGCAGGAUUUGAUACAUGGGGCCCCCCUCAUUGUAACAUGUUGCCACUUCACAUGGCACUGAACCAACUUGUGUUGCACAAAUGAUGUAGAAUAUAUUUAAGAUACUUAUCCCAGUUUAUCUUCACUUCUAUUCUUGUCUUAUUCAUUAAUUUGGUUAAAUUUACCAUGGAAUUAUAAAUGUGAUUUCACAGAAUCUUGGGGGUGCUUGUUUCAUAAGGGACUGUAACUUACUUACAUAGCCUACUGAAAUUGUCUGUUUAGCUUGUCUAGCUAUUUGUUGGCAAAAUUUGAAGAUGUU